AUGUCAGUGAUGCUGAGGGUGGUUUAUUGCUCUGGCGUGAGCCCCACACUGGUGCUCUGCUUCACACUCGCCUUCACGGCCGCCUCUAUCAUCACAAAUGGCACCAAUGGGUCUCAAGCUCACAAGCUGCUCAUUGGCUUCCAGGCUCCCUGGAACACGUCCUUCCCCUUCAGCGCCCUGCGCCUGGGCUCAGCCAUACAGAUAGCCGUGGAGAAGGUGAACAGCAACCCCUCCUUCCUGGGGAACUACAGUCUGGAUUUUGUGUACAAGGACACAGACUGCAAUCCCAAGGAGUCCCUGGGAGGAUUCAUCCACCAGGUGUGGAAGGAAAACGUGUCUGCGCUGUUUGGUCCGGCGUGUCCCGAAGAGGCCGAGGUCACUGGUCUCAUCGCAUCAACGUGGAACAUCCCCAUGUUUGGCUUCGUGGGACAGUCCUCCAAAAUGGACAACGCCGACGUCUACGAUUCCUACAUCAAAAUCGUGCCCCCCAUCAAACGGAGCGCCGAGGUGCUGGUGAAGACCCUGGGGUUCUUCGGGUGGAUGCACGUGGCCAUGAUCGGAGGGGGGCUGGAGACAAACACCUGGGACAAGGUGGACGCUUUGUGGAAAACCAUAGAGAACCCACUGAGGGCCAAUUUCAAGCUGACGGCGGCCGUUAAGUUUGACACCAACAAUCCUCUGCUGGUUCGCCAAAAUGUUAAGUACAUCUCAACAGUGGCCAGAGUCAUUGUGGUGCUGACAAACAGGGAGGACUCCAUGUCUCUGCUGCUGGAGGCCGAGCGUCAGGGUCUGAUGAACGGCGACUACGUCUUCUUCCUGGUGCAGCAAUUUGAGGAUAACUUGUGGAAAUAUUCCCUGAACAGCAGGAUGAACCAAGCUGCCAUCAGAGCCUUCGACAUGGUCUUCAUCAUCGGGCAGAAAUCCUACGAUGGCUACGAGUACUACGACUUCUUUGAGCAAGUUUUUCAGCGUCUAAAGGGACAUCCAUUUCGGAGUAACCUGACAUCAGAAAAAGAGGUCAGCCCCUACGCGGCAUAUCUGCAUGACGCGGUGCUUAUGUACGCGAUGGGACUGAAGGAAGUCCUGAAAGAUGGACAAGAUCCUCAUGAUGGCCGGCAGCUUCUGCAGAGAUUGAAAAACACCAACGGCAUCCGAUUUUAUGGUGCUUCUGGUCUUGUUCACUUUGACAAAGAGGGGGAGAGAAAUUUGGACUAUUCCAUUUAUGACCUACAGCACACGAGAGACACCACCAAAUUUGUACCAAUCCUCCAUUUUGACAGUCACACAAAAGUUGUCCGACCAACAUCUAGGUUUGCAUCUAUCAUGUGGCCGAAAGGAAGACCUCCUCCUGAUGCGCCAGAAUGUGGAUUCAACAAUGAACUCUGUCAAUGGCUGAUUAAUGACAUCGCUCUGCUGGCUCUGCUCGUGACCUUCCCCGUCAUCGGUGUGCUGGCGGUUUUGUGCAUCGGGGUCCUCAUGCUGCAGAAGUUACGACUCCAGACGAAACUGGACGACUCCUGCUGGUGGAUGAUCAACUACUGCGACAUCACCAUCAUCAGGGAGCCCUCAGGAACUCAUGCUUUAUCUCUCAGCACUACAGGUAGUCAGAGUGGGAGUGGAAGCUCUCAGUCCAAUUUUUCCAGCUACAGCUACGACCUGAGGGACAAGUCAGGCAAAGAAAAUGUCUACACCACCAUAGGUCUCUACCAGGGUAAUCAAGUGGCUAUCAAGUACAUGAAGGACCACGUCACCAGAAAUUUCCAGAAGCCUUCAAUCAUCGCUGAGUUUAAUUUGCUCAAAGAGAUGAAGCAUGAGAACUUGGUGCAGUUCUUUGGCGUGUGCAUCGAGCCCCCGAACACCUGUUUGGUCACCCAGUACUGCAAGAAAGGCAGUCUGAAGGAUGUUCUGAAGGCUUCAGACGUUGAGCUCGACGGGAUGUUCAAGCUGUCCUUUGCAUAUGACAUUGUCAAUGGGAUGGAGUUCAUUCACAAGAGUAAUCUAAAGUUUCACGGGAACCUGAAACCCAGCACGUGUCUGGUGGACAGCCGACUGCAAAUCAAACUCUCCGGCUUUGGACUGUGGGAGUUUAAAUACGGGAACAGAAACAAGAUCAUGGAAAACUCCAACUAUGAAGAGAUGUACUGGACAGCCCCCGAGCUUCUGAGACAGGUCGGGCCACCUGUCUUUGGAACCCCCAAAGGUGACAUCUACAGCUUUGCCAUCAUCAUGUGGGAACUCAUGUACAGCUCUAAGGCUGGUCCAUUUCAAGACAUCAAUUUAGACCCCAAAGAGAUUGUUAUGCAGCUGAGGGCCCCUUUCCAAGGAGAACCCCUACGACCAGUGCUGUCCGAUCAGCUUUGCGAUGAGAACAUCAACGCCCUGCUGAGGGCUUGCUGGAGUGAAAACCCUGACGUUCGGCCCCCAUUUGGGUCCAUACGGAGAAGGCUGAGGGACGCCAGUCCAGACAGUCAUGCAAAUAUACUAGAUAAUAUGUUGGAGAAGUUGGAGAAGUAUGCAAAUCACCUGGAGGAGGUGGUGGAGGAGAGGACCAAUCAGCUCACAGUGGAGAAGGCCCGCACUGACAAGCUUCUCUCCAGCAUGUUACCAAGGUACAUUGCAGAUCAGCUGAUGGCAGGAAAGUCGGUGGAGCCGCAAAGCUACGAGCUGGUGACUGUCUUCUUCUCUGACAUUGUGGGCUUCACCUCCAUGUGCUCAGUCAGCUCUGCACUGGAGGUGGUAACGUUCCUCAACGACCUCUACAGUCUCUUUGAUGACAUCAUCAAGAUGUACGAUGUCUACAAAGUGGAAACAAUAGGUGAUGCUUACAUGGUAGCCAGUGGUCUACCGAUCAGCAAUGGCACCAAACACGCUCUGGAGAUAUCCACGAUGGCGCUACACUUCCUGAAAGCUAUUCAGGUCUUCAGAAUCCGUCACAUGCCCACGGAGAGCCUGGCAAUUCGCGUUGGGAUACACUCAGGUCCAGUGGUUGCUGGAGUGGUUGGCACAACCAUGCCUCGCUACUGUCUCUUUGGGGACACAGUGAACAUGGCUUCUCGAAUGGAAAGUAACAGCUUACCCCUGAAGAUUCACAUAUCCCAGUCCACAGCAGACAUUCUUGUCCAGGCUGGAUCGUUUGAACUGGAAGACCGAGGGGAAAUUGAGAUGAAGGGUAAAGGCUACCAUAAGACCUACUGGCUACUGAAUAAAGCUGGAUUCAACCCCCCUCUUUAUAUCAACAGCUCUCCGCCAGCCCACACCCUCACUGUAUCAACUGAGGUACAACCAGUCAACAGAGACAAGAAACCAGGAGGGGCCAAAAUUUUGGACAAAAGGGCUCAGAAACUUCCAGCCAAAGCUCCCGCAACAGAAUCCAUGAUGCCUGCAGUGAACGUUUAAAGGGCAAGAGGUGAACGGGCAGGAAAAUCUGGAAAUUUCACAUCAUGUCAAGCAAAACAAGGUUGUUUCACACAUUUGCCAAGAGGAACACAAAAUGUGGAUGGAGACAAGCGGGAAAACACAAAACGCUGACUUCAAGAGAAGUAAACGGGGCCUUGAGCUUGAAAUAAGCUGUUUGGUAUUUGUUAAUAUAUACAACGAAGGACAGAUUGAUUGAAUUGUUAUUUGUAGCUCUUAUUUUGCACCUACGAGUUGCCUAAAUCAACUUUUCUUUCGCAAAGGGAACAUUUCUGUUGGCUAUUUAUUCUCACAACAGCUGUUUCUUGAUAAUAUCUGUCAUGCAGCGGAGCACAGUUUGGAUUAGAAAAAAAUAAAUUAAUGUUUUUUUUUAUGUAUUUGAGUCAUGUAAGUCACAAAUGCCUAUAAACUGUAAAAUUACAGCCUCAAUUGUUAAUAUAAUUAGAAAAGAAAGUUUUAACUGGAAAAGAGGAAUAUUUAAACUUUCACUAAUGAUGGGUGACAUCAGAAUAUUUAAUUCACGACAGGGACAUCUGAAUCCCUUAGAAGUGAAUGGGUGUGCCUUUUUUUAAAAAAUUAUUAUUUCAUUUUAUAAAAAUGUAUCUGACUCGCUGCUGUAAUAAACAAUAAAUCCCUAC